AUGGACACUAUAGUAAACUCUUAUAUUAGGGAGAUUGAGGGUUACCUCAACACCAAACGAAUAAUGUACGAAGCUGAAGGAAGAAGGGAUUUUGUUCCGUUGAUAGAUCGAACGGUGCAAAUGGUGCGUUCCAUAAAACAUCCAACGGCACCGGAGACUUCCACCAUUAACGUUACUGAACAAAGCAGAGAUUCUUCACAACAUACGUUUGAACGUCCACCCGAGAAGAUGUAUCAUUAUGCAGAAGGGGAAGCGAUUGACUGUGCUAUAUGUAUCGAGCAGGUCGAAGCAAAACAUGCACAAGUUAGAUUGUCAUGUGGUCACAUAUACCAUUUGAACUGUCUAGGUUCCCACUUUAAUCAUUCAGGCGAUUUUAAAUGUCCCUAUUGUCGAUUAGAGGUUGAAAAAUAUGUUAAACAACCGAGAACUUGGGAACAUCCUUUAAACGGUCCCCCAACCCCGCAAAAUCUCAGUGAACCCAAUGAUAUACCGCAUCCAGGAGAAUUAGAUUUUGCAAACUUUCAACGUGGAGUUUUACAAGUUGUGAAUUCGAUAUUUGGUGGAAGAUUAAAUCUUGGUCAUCCUUUCCGUAAUGAUAAUGGUACCGAAGAAGAUCUUCUUGAUAAUGAAGAUGAUGAGGUCUCAGAUGUAGAUCAAGUGGGUUAUGAACCUCGUUUCGAUGGGGUUCAUGAUCAUCUUGAAAAUUACGACAGCGAUUCGGACGAUGAGUCAAAUUCAUCCGAUGAAGAUCCUGAUUAUGAUCCGAGUAGUUCCAUUCAUAGAUAUCGUUCACAUCGAAAUUCGUCAUACAACGGUUCAACCGACAAUCUUUCGGCACAAGGAAGAAGAGCUCGUCUUGUCAUGCAUGCUAGCAACAGUCGUAUUGAUGACUUACCAGAUGGUAAUGAUGAUGAUCAAGAUAGUACAGAUCAUACGUCGUCACGAUCUAUAUUACAAGAACGACGGGAAUGUGAGCAUCCUUCAAUAAGGUCAUCAUCUUCACUUUCCCGUCGCCGAGGAGAUCCAUCCAGAAAUAGCUAUCUUGAAAGAGAACGAGAAGAUUCGUAUUUAAGCAGCUCACGUCGUAAUUCUGUUCGAGAUAAUGAAACAGGUGGGCUGUCAUCACGUAGACACGGAAAUAAUUCUUCAUUCAUAGAACAUGCCGCUCAAAUGUUAUACGAACGUUCACCAGGUUAUUUUGAACGAUCGAUAUUGGAUCGCAACCGUUCGGCCAACCUUUUACUAGAUGAAUCCCAAAGAUCUGAUACUAGCGAAUCAUCUAGGUAUCGGACUGAUGAUUCACUUCAUAGGAUCAAUGUUAACGAUUCAUCUAGAUAUCGUGGUAAUGAUAACAUUAAUCGACGCGGUGAACAAUACAACGAUGAUUCAAGAAGUUCGAUAUCUCCCUACGUUCACGGAGAAGAACCAUUAUAUAAUAACACAAAUCGUCUGAGUUUCGUUAAUACACUUCCACAAACUAUUCUCAAUGCAUCUCAAAAUUCAUCUCCAUCAAUGACAUAUGGCACCCCAUCCGAUUCUGAAUACGAAUUCUCGAAUGCAUUAUACCGACAUGCGACAACCACCUCAAGAUUGAGAAAUAUGUAUCAAGAAGAUUCCACUACUGAGGUGAUGGACAGUGAAACUAGUAGCUCGUCAUCCUCCGAACAUUCAGAGGCUGACGAUGACCAAGACGACGAUGAAGUGAUGUUCACAGAUGCAGGGAACGAUAUGGACACAUCUGAUGACGAAGGUGAUGGUGACGAAGAUACAGAAGAAGAAGGCUAUAGACGUUGUUUUUCUCGUCAAUCUUCGUCAUCUUCGGAUUCGCCAGCAUUUUCUUCAUCUGAUGAGGAUGAGGAGGAUGAUAACGCAUCUAUUGCAACCACAACGAGUAAUUUGUCUCCAUCAAGACCUGAAAUAAAUCAACAUUGGUAUAAACCUUGGUCGUGGUAUGCUCCAGGCACGACAUCGGCGCCUAAUACUGCCUCACGUGAACCGACGGUCAACGGAGUCGACAGUGACGCUACAAUAAGUAGUGGUGACGAACUCUAUUCAUGA